AUGGCUGCCUUCAGCAAAUUGACGCCGAGGAAUUCGGCGUUGUUAACAGCCGUUGCUGCAGGAUCUUUUCUGGUUUACAAGAACAUAGCUGACAAACGAGCCAGAGGGAAAGAAGCAGAUAUCAAAGUGGUAAUCCAUGAGACUGUCAGUCAGAAGAAGGAGAGGGCUGCUGUAGAUGGAAUCUUUUUUAGACGUCUGUUUAAAAUUCUCAAAGUUCUAAUUCCUGGAUGGUUCACUGCAGAGGCCUGGUACAUGUUCCUUGUGGCUGCUGCUCUGAUUGCACGAACCUAUGCUGAUGUUUGGAUGAUACAGAAUGGCACAUCAAUAGAAAGUGCCAUCAUUGGACGGGAUAUGGAAUUGUUCAAGAAAUAUCUCUUCAAAUUUAUCUAUGCUAUGCCCUUGAUUUCCUGUACAAAUAAUGCUUUGAAGUAUGGGCUGAAUGAGUUGAAAUUGAGAUUCCGUACCAGAUUGUCUGAAAAUCUGUAUCAAAAAUAUUUACAAGGUUUUACAUAUUACAAAAUGUGUAACCUAGACAACCGGAUUUCUAACCCUGACCAGCUGCUCACACAGGAUGUGGACAAAUUCUGUGACUCUGUGGCUGAACUUUACUCUAAUCUUAGCAAGCCGAUACUGGAUGUUAUCCUGUAUACAGUCAAGUUAGCUGGAAGUAUAGGAAUUCAGGGACCAGCUAAGAUGUUGGUUUAUUUGGCCGUUUCAGGUCUUAUACUUACCAGGUUGAGGAGACCUGUUGGAAAACUGACUGUGAUUGAACAAAGACUUGAGGGGGAAUACAGAUAUGUCAAUUCUAGACUUAUUACUAACAGUGAAGAAAUUGCCUUUUAUCAGGGAAAUAAAAGAGAGCAAUUCAUUAUAUUGGCUACCUUCCGAAAAUUGGUGAAUCACUUACGACAUUUCAUCAGCUUCAGGCUACAGAUGGGAUUUGUAGACAACAUAGUGGCCAAGUUACGGCUAGUGCCGGGUUUUGUCGGGGUUCAGCACAUGGGUGUUACCAUUUCUUUGGGAUUUAUCCUCUUCCGGCAGGAGAAGCAUCCUGGUAAGUCCUUUACCUCCGGUUCUCCCAAGAAGAGGGUGAUGUCUUCGGCUGCUCAGCCUUUUGCUCAAGCCUUGCUUCAAGAACAACAAGGGGAAGGGAUCCAACCCUCGCUGCCCAGCCAAUUUCCUUUCCUCCUCCAGUGGAUAGGUAAAAAAGCUCGGGUGCUCCAGGAGGAAGGAGGGACCAUACUUGCCAAGGGCAUGGUAGAGGAGGUUCCUAUGUCGGAAUGCAUUCCCAGCUUCUACUACAGAAUGUUUCUGGUUCGGAAAAAGUCCGUAGCACGGCGUCUGAUCAUAGGUGACAGUGCCUUCAACAGGCACAUAGAUUCUCCUCGCUUCAAGAUGGAAACCCCACAGGGCAUUAUUUUCUCUGUGCAGGAUGGAAUGUGGGCAACUUCAGUAGAUCUGAAAGAUGCCCCCUCUGCUCUGACCUUCAUCGCUUGGUGGCAUGUCCAGGUGCGUUGGUUCCUCAGUUUUCUGGGGUAUCUCAACUCCCUUGCAGAUGUGGUCCCACUAGGAAGGAUUCACAUCAGACCUCUGCAGAUGUUCCUCCUGUCCAACUGGGUACCCUCAUCCAGGAAGUGGGAGGCCGUUCAACAGCAGUUUGACUAUGACAAUCCAUCAUCAUCACAAUUGUUCUACCCCUCUGAAAAUGUGGACUACUAUAAGAGUGGAAGGAUGUUGGUACGAAUGGCUGAAGCCAUUGGCCGGAUUGUCCUGGCUGGACGAGAGAUGACAAGACUAGCGGGAUUUACCUCAAGGAUCACAGAGCUCAUGCGCGUCUUGGAUGAUCUCAACAAAGGCCGAUAUGAAAGGACUAUGGUGUCAGAACAAAACAAAUCAAAAGAUGAGCAGACUCAGACUUUCAAAGCAGGAACUGGACAAAUAGUAAACCAGGAUCACCUCAUCAAGUUUGAUAAAGUGCCCCUUGUCACCCCCAACGGAGAUGUACUCAUCAAAGAACUUACGUUUGAGGUGAGGGGAGGAAUGAAUGUAUUGGUAUGUGGACCAAACGGCUGUGGUAAAAGUUCCCUGUUCCGUGUUUUGGGUGAGUUAUGGCCAUUAUUUGGUGGUACACUGACCAAGCCAGAAAAGGGAAACCUUUUCUAUGUUCCACAAGUUCAGAUUUCACUAUUCACAGUGUCACACAGAAAAUCUUUGUGGAAGCACCAUGAGUAUUAUCUGAAGAUGGAUGGGCGUGGUGCUUAUGAGUAUAAAAGGAUCACCUCUGACACUACCGAGUUUGGAUCUUGAUGACUGUUGCCUUAGCACUGUGAUAUUUUUUGUGUGAUAUUUGUUAUGUUUCAUGAUGUCAAGACUCACUUUAACAACUUGAGUAUCAUUAGACCAGGCUACUUUUUGCCAUUAGUAACAAUGAAGCACAAUAAUUCGGGCCCAAUGUCUAUGGUAGUAGUACUGAACACCUCAAAAUCUGGAUUUUAUUUUUUUCAACAAUACACUGGUAUGCCAGCAUCUUAAAACUAAAGUUUUGGAAAUGAACACAAGCUAGGCCAAAAAUUAAUGUUACAUUAUACUAGAUAACGUUGGCUCUACCCAAUAGUUCACUUCUUAAUUGAGACCCUAGAUUUUUAUACCAAUGACAAUGUUUAGUCUUUACACAGCAAUCAUCAUAGCAGUAUUCAUAUGUAUGACCCAAGUUUUAUAUGGGACUUAGAAAAAAAAAUUAUUAUGCAUUUUGAAACUUAAAGUCUUGAUAAAAUCACCUAGAGAGGACCAUGUGGAAGAUUAGCCGUUGGCUAAACAUGUUUUAUAUCCUUAAUGAAUAAAUAUAGAUCUUUUUGAAAUUUCAUUUGUAUGUUUCCCUUGAUCCAUAGUUGUUCCUGUUUGAUUUUGGCAAUGAUCAGAAAAAAAGAAAAUGGCCCACGUUAGCUAUCUUUGAUUUGACUUUAAAAGGUUUUUAUCACUAUUUCUUGACAACAACUGUAUACAUAUUUCUCAAAUUUCAUGUGUAGGUUUCUUUUGAUCCCUAGUUGUGCCUGUUUGAGUUUGGGACUGAUAAAAAAAAACGAAAUGACUGAAAGGGAGCCAUGUUGUUUUCACCUAGUAAAGAUUGUUAUCUCGGUCUCUGAAGAAGUACUGAAUGGAUAUCUCUCAAAUGUCAUACAUGUGUUCCCUUUAGUCUCGCUAUUUCUGCAGAGGAUUGUUCAAAUGUCUUAUCAUUAAGAGCAAAAACAGAGAAGAGAAAAGAUCCAACUUUCAAUGAGCAAAUAGAGGUCAAACAAUGGUGGAUGUCAAGAUCCUUCUAGGAUUUCUUGUGUAUGUUGUCAAUAUAACAAUUAUUGCAAAAUCAUGAAUUUUCAUUGUGCUUAUUUGAUCAAAAUUUACAGUAAGCAAAAGAAUUUUAUUGCACUGAAAUAAGUACAUUUACAAUAUUGGAUUUUUUCCCUCAAUGUUGUGCAUGUUGUGUUUUAGAUAAAGAAUUCACAGACUGAUAUUUGUAAAGAUUAUUCAUUUUUUGUAAAUAAUUUUUCUGAGAGCAGGAGAAUAGAUAAUGAAGUUUCUUUUUGAAAUCAAUUUCAGUAUUUAAGAUCUUGUUAAAAGCAACACACCCUUUUGUAGACAUUGAGCUUUGUCAGUUGUAAUGUGCCGUGCAUCGUGUAUAAACUUUUGACAUUGCAAACUUCUUUUGAAGUUCCACCAAUGGGAUUAAGCUCAAACUUGCAUGAAAUGAUCCUGAGAGAGUCCUGACCAAGUAUUAUUAUUUUUCGAGUAUGCACUGGUUCCACAGUUCCACUGGUACCAAUGAGGCCGCUGAGUUAUAAUUUGGGGGGAAUGUUAAGGACAGGUAGCCAACAAAGUGUUGUUAUUUUUUUACCUUGUCGAAACUUGGACACGGCAGCCAGGGAGGCCAUUUUGUAACAUGAUUGUGCAAUCAUGGUUUUCCUGAGCAACACAUAUUUCAAAUUUCUCAAGUUUUACCAGUUGGAUUGAUCUCCAACUUUACUGUCGACAAAUAAGUAACACUUGUUACAUUUACCUACUCCUCACCAAAUCUACCGUCUAUAUCAGGAAAAACAGCCUCUUAGUAAGAUUUCAUUCAAAGUAGAAAAUAUAACGUUGCUCCCUGCUGAAAGUUUUUGUAGUCAAAUGACGGUUAAGACCGAUAGGCCCUUUUUUUCAAUACAGAAAUGUUUGAUGAAGUUACCAUUUUUGUAGAAAAAGUUUGUAGCAUCUGUAAUUUUAUUUGAUGAACUCCUAGGAGAUUUAGGUUAGAUAUGAUAAUGAUACUUACCAUGCUUUCUUCAAAAUCACCUACUUUCUAUAACUUGGUAUGUAAGAAAGAGUUGCAAUUCUAUAAAUGAUCUUUAACAAAUGAUAAGAUAGUUAAAUAUGUAAGAUUUAAAUUAAACUGGGAGAACUGAGUACAAAGUAUUAAGUAUAUUUUUAAAUGAUUUAGAUUUGUUUUUCAG